UCUGUUCCAGGAAGGGCGGGGCACCUUUUCCCACCUGGGCAAACUGGCCACGCUCAGGCGCUCAUACAGAACAAAAUGGCGAUGUAGUUGGACUUCAUUCCCUGGACACCUACUUGACACAAUGAGCCAAGCACCCCGUGCAAACCGGGGCCACAGGGAGAGGAAUGGGGACCACCGGCAGCCCCGCGAAUCACAUGAGGAUGACCGCUCAUCAGCUGACAGGUCAUCUUCCCGACCGCCUUACUACAACAGAGAUCAAGACCGUUCUCCCAAACGUGCACGGGACAUACCGCGUGGUGAAUAUAGUGACUCCAAAUGCACGCACAUGUGCUCAAGGAGAGGUAUCGUUCUGAUCUGUUCUGUGCUGACCAAUGGCUUGGUCCUGAUCUGCGUGGUCGCCGCCCAGAUGGUAACUACAGGAUUAUCUUCCAUGGGCGGGCUCGGCAGCUUCGACAUCAACUCCAACUUUAACCUGCAAGGCACCGAGUUGCAGAAGGUGCGUGAACUGGACAUGCAGUACAGCCAGAUGAGAGCGCCGGGAAUCUACGGCGGUGUCGCGUUCAGCCUGACGAUGGGUGUAAUCUCGCUGCUUUUUGUAGUGGCAGGCAACAAGCCCCCUCACCAUUUGUCGCGAAAGCUUCUUUAUGGGGCGCUGAUAUUUCAGGCAGUAGGAGCCGCGGCCUAUGUGGUGGCUGUCGGUCUGUACCUGCACUUCGUCAUCGGUGUCAAUGCCACUGAUAUUUGCCAGCAGCGGGAACGGCUGUACGCGCGAAACGGGUACACAUGGAUGAACUGCGAUGUCAGUGGGGCGGAUGCGGCCGUCGCCUUAUUUGGACUCAUCACGGCCAUCUUAUACACGGCCGGGACUGUGCUUACCAUCCAGACUAUUCGUUGGGUGAGGCAGUACCUGCAGGAACGGAAACGGCGGCAAGUGGAGAGAGAGCAACCCAGAUCCCACCCACAUAGAGCCCCUUUAAGGGCUGAAACCACCUCUGUGUAAACGAGACCUUUCGCAACUCACUCCUUUCCUGUUCAUUUAGAGCUACAGGAGUUUUAACUAUUUUAACAUUCUUGUUGUGAAACUAAAAGCAGUCUCAGACAUCAGAACAUCGUUUGGAUUUUUUUAUUGCAAGGACAUCAGGACAUGUUGUUUUCUGUAUUUCUAAGGUCUAAUAUGUUGUGCUCUCAACAUCUGAGAUGCACAUGUAUUGCUCAAUUUAUAAAGUGAGAAUGAGUGAAAAAUCAUACUUCUUAUAUAAUGUGACUAACAAUAAUGGUACAUGUGUCCCUGCAAUUAAUUUUUUCAAACUUUUUACUGUGAAUUUUGAAUGGAUUCAUCAUGACAAAAGAUUUGUGUUUUAAAGGAGCAAUAUGUAAGUUCAACGAUUCAUUAAAUGGCCGUAAUAGUUCAAUAGACAUUAAAGAAACAUGUUGCAUAUAGUAUAAGUAUACACUGCAAAUUUAUUACGUCUUAAUCAGAUUUGUCUUAAAUCUAGUGAAAAAAUCCUUUAGGUGUUAGACAAGUUCACAGAUUAUGUGUUAGAUUAUUCAAUUUAAGUAAAUAUUACAUUAUUAAUAUUACUAUUAUUUUAAUU